AUGACCUUCUUCGCAGCCGGCUACAACGGUACCAUCGUACCCUUCUCUCUCGAUCCGAACCUCGUGCAGAUCUCCAGCGGUGUUCAAGCCAACGCUUCCGGAACCUCACCCUCCUGGAUCGCUUAUUCAACCCGACCAGGUGCAAAAGACAAGCUGUACUCGGUGACCGACUUCUACUCUGUCGACGAAGCUGCUCCGGGUCGAAUCUUUUCCCACACUUACAACCCCAAAAAGGGGGAGAUCGUUCAAACCGGAACGUCGGAGCAGAGGAAGAACGGUACGAGCAGUGGUGGUGAUGGCCCUGUCAGCUGUUUGAUCGGCCACGGUGAGUCGAAAGGGUUUUUGUUCGUGGCGAAUUACAACAGCGGUUCGGCAGGUGUAUUGGGGAUCAAAGAGGAUGGGACGUUGGAAAGUGAGCCGAGGAAGGUGAUUCAGUUUACGAGACCGAGCGAUCAGCCAAAGGUGGGACCCGUGGCGGAUAGACAGGAUCAUUCGUACGCACACCAGGUGAGCAUCAGUCCGAGCGGGAAGUGGGUGUACGUAGUGGAUUUGGGUGCGGAUCAGAUCCACCACCUGCACAUCAAGGGUGGACAAGUCGAGUUCACGGGCAGCACAAAUGUGAAGAUCGGAUCGGGUCCCAGACACAUCACCUUCUACAAAGACGACUCCGGCAAGACAUGGGGUUACCUAGCCAGCGAACUGGACAACACAGUCAGCGCAUUCACCGUCGACGAAUCCACGGGACAACUUUCGCAGAUCGGAGAAUCGAUCCUCGCAUCUCCCCCCGGUGUACCCCUCAGCGGCGAAGGCAUCCUCCCCACCAACCGCACCACCGCCGAGAUCGCAGUCGUACCCCAGGGCGACUACGUCUACGUCUCCAACCGCGGCGAUACCAAGUCCGACCACAUCAGCAUCUUCCGCAGAAACUACAGCACCGGCCAACUGCACUUCCAGGAAUGGGUCGAGAGCGGCGGUAGGAUGCCCAGACACUUCAGCUUGAGCUCCGAGAGCGGCAAGGACGACCAGGCAAAGUGGCUGGUGGUGGGACAUCAGACGGAUCAGAACAUCGUCGUGUUCAGCAGAGAUGCCGAGACAGGAAAGUUGGACAAGGUGGAGGAGAAGAAGGAUAUUGGACAGGUUGCCUUCGUUGGCUUCUCGCCUUUUUGA